AAAGCUUGAGUCCAUAAUGCGCUCCAGCCCACCGAGCCAAAAUAUCCGAGCAUUUCACUGUUCACUCUCCUCUCACCACAUCCUCCACUAACAGAAGCGACUUCCAAUGUCCUGGAAUACGAAAUAUACUAAAACAACCUAGCAACCUCGGACAAACGACAAACGGAGUCUUCUGUGGUUGUGGACAUGUCGUUUAUAACGUUACUGAAGUACAACGCGAUCCAGCUGUGUGGCCAAGAGCGCUGGUGAGAAAUCAGGCAUCAGCAUCAUCCAGGAUGUCUCUGAUGUUCGGGAAAGCAAGAACCUGCAAUAUUGUCACAGUUCCUGAGCAUGAGCCUUCGGAGUGUAACAUAGUGAUUUUGGGAGCUGUGGGAUCUGGAAAGUCAGCACUUACAGUGAAAUUCCUCACGAAGCGCUUCAUCAGUGAAUAUGACCCAAACCUUGAAGACACAUAUUCCUCAGAAGAAGUUGUGGACCAGCAGCCGGUUCUGGUUAAAGUGAUGGACACGGCUGAUCAGGAUGGACCACUCAACUGUGAGCGCUAUUUAGGCUGGGCCAAUGCCUUCAUCAUUGUCUACAGCAUUGACAACCGGAACAGCUUUGAGGCCUGCCAGCAGUACUUGGAGACUGUGACCCUUUAUUCAAAAGGCCUGCAGCCAGAAGCUCCUGUCAUUCUUUUAGGCAACAAAGUAGACAUGGAGAGAUACAGACAGGUGAGCAAGGCAGAUGGUGCCGCUCUGGCCUUGCGGUUCGGCUGCCUGUUCUUUGAAGUUUCCGCCUGCUUGGACUUCCUGUCCGUUCAGCACAUCUUUCACGAAGUCGUUCGGGAAGUGAGGCGAGAAACAGAGAGGAGUAUCCGUCCUCUCUUCAUCAGUGAAGACAAGUCUGCGAUCAGCCUGUCCUCCGCCCCUCCCCUCACCGCUUGUUAUAAAGAGCUGCCCACUCCAGCCACCGCGAAGCUGGUUACGGUGAAGUCCUCGAGAGCUCAGAGCAAACGCAGAGCCCCAACGCUUACGCUCCUCAAGGGCUUCAAGAUCUUCUGAUGUAAUGACGCCCUCUUCUGAUAAUUGAGAGGAUCUACAGUACAAGAAGGAAUACUUGUCUUGAUGUUACAGCAGCUCAUUUAGCAUUAAAGCUAACAGGACCUGAAGGAUUACGACGUCUCUCACAUAUGUAACUGUAUGAGAACGGAAAGUGUGUUAAAUAUAUCAGAGUGCUAAUGAAUGUCUUUGUUAGCAUUUCUGAUUUUUCUGUUAUAAUUGGUGAUUUUUUGUUUCACUACUUUUUGCACCAGUACUAUAUUUGUAUUUUAUUUCGGUAAAACCAUAAUCUGUUAAUUUCAGAAGAUUCACCUGGACAUUCAUCUUUUACACAGCAAAACAAAACCUAAUCAUGCACGGAAUACCAAAGAAGGUUUCAGGACAAAAUAAACACCUUUAUCUUUAUUUGUUCGUGUUAAACCGUAAAAAAUAUGUUAGUAUUGAUUAAACAUCUAUUGAAACAUCA